AUGGCCGCCGAGGUCAAGGCUGUACCAGUGGUGCUACCUCCGCCUGGACCAGCGACGCAAUCCGCUGAUCAAACGCACUGGAAAACGUUCAAAAACCAGCUGCUCCUCCCAUCUCCUCACAACGCAGGCGUCACGUCGAUUACCGUACCUCAUUUUAACCCAAAUGGACCCCAGAGCGACACCUUCGCGGUAACGAGCGGUAGCCGAGUGCAGACUUACAGCAUCAAGACCCGCAAGCUUGUCAAGACAAUCAGCAGAUUCGGUGUCGACGAUACAGCACGAUCAGGUGUUUUGAGAAGAGAUGGCAGGAUUCUGCUUGCUGGAGGUGACAGUGGAAUCGUACAGGCGUUUGAUACUGGCUCAAGGGCGAUCUUGAAGCAAUGGAGAGGCGAACAUGCACACAAACAACCAGUACACACAGUUCGAUGGAACCCGACUGUCCUCACAGACCUUAUGAGCUGCAGCGAUGAUCGGACGGUACGAAUCUGGGACUUGACAGAGGACUCGGCCAGGUGGACUGGUGUUGGGCACGAAGACUAUGUGCGUAGCGGUGGCUAUCUGCCUGGACAUGGCGGAAAUCUGAUCGCAAGUGGAAGCUACGAUCAGACUGUUCGUGUUUGGGAUACAAGGACGGACGGAAAUACGGCUGCGUUGACCUUUAAGUUUGCAUCGCCCAUCGAAGACGUCUUGCCGCUCAACAGCUCCAGUCUUGCUGCAGCAGCCGGAAACGAAGUGUCCAUUGUGAACUUGAUCUCUGGAAAAGCCGAGCAUGUCAUUGGCUCGCACCAAAAGACAGUGACGUCUCUGUCGACUGCACAGAACGGGACACGAAUAGUUACUGGUAGUCUGGAUGGGCAUGUCAAAGUACACAACAGCGCAAAUUGGGAGGUAGUUGCUGGCUUCAAAUAUCCCGCGCCUGUGCUAAGCCUGGCGGUCGUGCCGUCUCCUUCAGCCAUCGAAUCCGAAAGAGAUGAUCGUCACUUGGCAGUAGGCCUGCAAACUGGCCUUCUUUCACUUCGAACUCGUCUGGCCGGAGCCGAAAAAGUAAAAACUCGGGAACGAGAGAAGAAGAUGCAAGCAUUGGUGGCUGGGGAAGCCGAUGAGUACGAGCGGAAACAGAAAAAGAAAGACAUGCGACAGGGCAUACGUGCAAGAGACAGGGGCAAAGACUUCAAAGGCGAAGGUGCCGACAUUGUCAUCACUGGCAAUGAUCGCCCCAGAAAGAAGAAGCUGCGGCCCUGGCAAGAGAGCCUAAGAACUGGAGAGUACGCGCGAGCACUGGACCUCGUGGUUCCUUCAGAUCGCCACAAACCGUUCAAUGCAGUCGAAAUCUUCACUCUGUUCACAGCACUUCGUCAUCGGAGCGCAUUGCGAACAGCGUUGGCGAACCGAUCCGAAGAACGCCUGGCCCCGCUGCUGCGUCUGAUGGUACGAUACAUUGGGUAUCCCCAAUACACUCACAUGAUCUACGAUGUUAUGCUUCUUUUGCUUGACCUGUACAGCCAUCGAAUGUGGGACUGGCGAAACGACGAUGGCGAAGGGCAAGAAGUUUUCCGUCUGUUCACGAAAAUGAGGAACACGGUCAAGCGAGAAGCCGAGCUAGCGGAUCGCGCACAGCACCUUCUUGGAAUGGUAGAUCUGUUGGAACAAGGCUGA